CAAGACUAUCUGAAGGUUACUCAAAUCCAAAAUGCCAAUCAUCUGAUGUCCAUAUCUCUGCACAAGAAAAUAGAAUACCAAUUGCAUUUGAUUUCCCUCCACGGAUCUCCAAAUUCCCUCCCAUCGAAUCCCAAAAGUUGCAGUGAUUUCUUUCUUUCAUUGUUUGAUGUAUUGAUAUUGUUUGUUUCUUGGGCUCACAGCCUUCUGCGAAAAUAUGUCACAUAUCCUCGAGUAACCCUCGAUAACGAUUCUAGAAGAUUUGUGAAUCUUCUACCUCCAUAUCACCAAGGCCUCGCCCUCUUCAUGGACCUUCACCCUUACGAUGCCUGAGCUGCGUAGCCGAGCACGCAGGAACCGUCCAUCCAACAACCCUGACCCGAGCCCGAUUACCCAUCAACCAGUACUCCACAACCAUAAGAAGCUUCCUCUAGCUCUACGUACUCGCCAGAGAAGGGAAACCGGACGGAACCGGAGGAAUAAUAAGAACGCGAUCGGCGUUGGUGAGACGAAUAUUGUGAAGAGCAAGGACGAAGAAAGAGGAGGAGAGGAAGAGAUUGGGGUUUCCAGAGAGGGAGCCGGGGAAAGAGCCAUGGAUGAGUACGAUAGCGGCGGCGAUAAGGGGCCCGUAGCCGAGGAUGAGGGCAGCGCUGCGCCUCUUCCUGAAAAGGUCCAAGUUGGUGGUUCCCCGAUGUACAGAGUAGACAGAAAACUGGGGAAAGGGGGCUUUGGACAAGUUUACGUUGGUCGACGCAUUGGUCCUGCUAGUACAAACGAGAGAACUGGCCCUAGAGCUGUAGAGGUAGCUUUAAAAUUUGAGCAUAGGAGUAGUAAAGGAUGCAAUUAUGGACCACCAUAUGAGUGGCAAGUUUACAAUGCACUUGGUGGCAGUCACGGUGUUCCACGAGUUCAUUAUAAGGGCCGGCAUGGUGACUACUAUAUCAUGGUCAUGGAUAUGCUUGGGCCAAGUUUGUGGGAUGUUUGGAAUAAUAAGUCACACACGAUGUCUAUUGACAUGGUUGCAUGUAUUGCCAUUGAGGCUAUAUCCAUAUUAGAGAAGAUGCACUCUAGGGGCUAUGUGCACGGGGAUGUGAAACCUGAGAAUUUCUUGCUUGGGACUCCUGGGACUCCUGAAGAAAAAAAGCUAUAUCUUGUGGACCUUGGAUUAGCCACCAGGUGGCGAGACAGUACAACUGGCUUGCAUGUUGAGUAUGAUCAACGUCCAGAUGUCUUCAGGGGAACUGUCCGGUAUGCUAGUGUGCAUGCUCAUCUCGGUAGAACCGGUAGCAGGAGAGAUGACUUGGAAUCUCUUGCCUACACUCUUGUUUUUCUUCUCCGUGGUCGCUUACCAUGGCAAGGAUAUCAGGGAGAUAAUAAAGGAUUCCUUGUAUGCAAGAAGAAAAUGGCCACUUCCCCAGAAGCUCUUUGUUGCUUUUGUCCUCAUCCUUUUCGACAGUUUGUUGAACAUGUAGUAAAUCUGAAGUUUGAUGAAGAACCUAACUAUGCAAAGUAUAUCUCCCUCUUUGAUGGGAUUGUUGGUCCAAAUCCAGAUAUCCGGCCAAUAAACACUGAUGGUGCUCAGAAGCUUAUAUGUCAGGUUGGACAUAAGAGAGGACGAUUGACCAUGGAGGAGGAGGAUGAUGAACAACCUAAAAAGAAGAUUCGAAUGGGGAUGCCUGCAACCCAAUGGAUUAGUGUUUACAAUGCUCGUCGGCCUAUGAAGCAGAGAUAUCACUAUAACGUGGCAGAUGUAAGGCUCUCCCAGCACAUUGAGAAAGGAAAUGAAGAUGGAUUAUUUAUUAGUGGCGUGGCUUCAUGUACAAACCUCUGGGCCCUUAUCAUGGAUGCUGGCACUGGCUUUACUGCACAAGUUCAUGAACUCUCACCCUACUUUCUUCACAAGGAAUGGAUUAUGGAACACUGGGAGAAGAAUUACUACAUCAGUGCAAUAGCAGGGGCAAACAAUGGGAGUUCCUUAGUUGUAAUGUCUAAGGGGACACAGUACUUACAGCAGUCUUAUAAAGUCAGCGAAUCAUUUCCAUUCAAGUGGAUCAACAAAAAAUGGAGGGAGGGGUUUUACGUUACUGCCAUGGCCACUGCUGGGAGUAGAUGGGCAAUUGUUAUGUCUCGUGGGGCAGGAUUUUCUGACCAGGUUGUGGAACUAGAUUUUCUCUAUCCUAGUGAAGGUGUCCAUCGAAGGUGGGACAGUGGUUACCGCAUUACAUCAACUGCAGCGACUUGGGACCAGGCUGCUUUAGUUCUAAGUGUUCCUAGAAGAAAACCGGCCGAUGAAACUCAAGAGACUCUCCGAACUUCUGCUUUUCCUAGUACACACGUCAAGGAGAAAUGGGCAAAGAAUCUUUAUAUUGCAUCUAUUUGCUAUGGUCGAACUGUUUCAUGAACUGCCAAAGAUCUGUUGGGGUGCCGCUUAUGUUACUUGGACCUCUCACUUCUAUGAUCAAUGAACCGGCUCAUAAUAUCUACUUCUCUCUCCUGGGAACCAAAGAUCCUGUCAAGGCAAAUUUACUGAUCAUGGCAUUUUGGAGAUGAUGUAUGCUAAACUCUUCUUUAUUGCCGCCAUCGCAUAGCAUCUGUUACAAACACCUGUGCACUGUCUUUAAAUUGAAUCAAAAUGCUUAUGAGGCUGAUUUUAAAUCAUUUAUCCACCUGCAAUGGGAGUUACUCUUACCUAUCAUUUCAAAGUUGGUAUAGUUUUGAACAAUAGUGUCACAGUUGAAGGCAUGUGAACAGGGCAUUCUAAUUGUUGAUGGUAUUUUGGGAUGUACAACUAUGAUUUUGCUGUGGGCUCUGGACAUUCUCAGUUGUUCAUCCUGUACUUAAUCCCUCUUUUUAUUUUUUAAUUUUUUUUUUUGGGUUCUCCUUUUUGGACCUGUAGAUACUUUCUGGGAUGCCAGAACUUGACCUGAAAGAAAGUGGUUGUAUACUUGGGACAUCAGUUUGUAAUGAUCUCUUUAUUGUUAUUGUUCUUCAUGCUAUAAUUUUAUUGCAUACUUUUGUACCUUGCUUUGACUAGUAUGGUGCAUGAGGUACAUGGCUUGUGUAAGUAAAUCAAGGUGCUAUUUUGUCUGACACAAUCAUUGAAGUUGGUCUUCCCCCCCCCCCCUUCUAAUGCAUAUCCAUUUUCUUCCCCGGACAAUUCUUUUCUCACAAUCUAUAGCACGACCUCAUUGGUUUUUAUCAUUUCGGUUUUGAACUGGUAACUGGGUACAUAUUGUAGGACCGAUGACCUGUUCAAAUCCAGAGAUCUUGUACUAGGUUUCUCUGUAUUUGAACAUGCGGGCAACCGCAUAUCUUAUAUUGUGUAUAUGUAUAAAUAUACAGAGACAUGAGUCAUGCAUACAUAUAUGAUCAUUGAUCAUGCACAUUCCAUUUUACUGCCUAGGAGGCAGCAACAGCUGGCUUUUUAAAUGCAUGCUAAGAGUUUAGAUCAGUUGUGGGACACUGAAUAUUUAUGCGCCUUACUGGUGUUUUAUCUUCAUUUACAUGAGACUUGGAAAUGUGAAUUUGAUAUAUUUUCAGUGUAUUUUAGCAUCAACGAUUAGCCUGUAAUGCUCGAGAUCAUGGAAGCAGAAACAUAGAAGGCAAAGCUCCUUGUAUCCAUGUAAGAAUAUCUUUAAAAAGAAAUUGUGCUACCAAGAAAAACUCCAGUAUUCCACUUGGUAAGUCCUGGGAGGAUCACUGGGAACUGUCAUGUGAAGUUCUUUAAUGUGCAGUUUGUGGAAGUAUUUUUCUGAUAGUGAUUGUUUAGAAGUUGAGUAUGGUUGCAGAAUGAUUAAUCGAUUUCAAUUUUAUAUUCAGGUUCCACAUGCGAUUCUUUUGGCCUAUGGCAAGCCUAUAUUUACCCUGUCACGCUGUAUGUACUGAAAGUGGGGAGUCAUCACCGUGAUUAAUGGUACGGAAUUCUUUCCCGUACAUGGUAUGUCCUCCUUAAACCCCCAAACAUCACAAAAGUAUCAUUUCCUAGAUGACUCCAUUUUUGUAUGUUUGAUGACCAACCGCAUCAUUAUGGUGUGCUGUAAGAAAAUUGACUUGUUUUAUAGACACAUCUAAUAUCUGAGCAUCUUGUCAAUCUUCACACAA